GUUCACCACUUUUCGUCUUUCCCGCGCAUUUUCAUGCUGGAUUAGCAUAUCAGUUAAGAUCAACCACCAAAAAUUUGGACUAUAUGAUUUUUCACUCGCCGAAAAACCGUAGAAGCAGUCACACCACUCUCGCCAAGCAGCCAUCAAUUUAAAUUCCAUUUUUUGGUGUAAGAAAAUUGCGAAAUUUAACGUAAAAACGACAAUGCCGCGCCGAAAAGUGCUCACAAACAACAACAAUUCCGAGGAAGAUAAAGUGAUGCAGCCGACAAAAGCAAAAAGGGCGCGGAUUGCAUUCCAUCUGGAAUUGCCAAAGCGUCGCCAAAUAAUUGGCAACGUUUUGGUUUGCGGCACCGGUGAUACCGGUCAACUGGGCCUUGGCGAAGAUGUCUUGGAGCGCAAGCGACCAGCACUCGUUGAGAGCAUACCCAAUCCCGUGGAUGUGUGUGCUGGCGGCAUGCACUGUCUGGUGUUGACCAAGAACGGCGAUGUCUACUCCUUUGGCUGCAACGAUGAAGGCGCUCUGGGUCGCGACACCAGUGCCGAAGGCAGCGAAUCAACGCCGGCUUUAAUCGAUUUGCCCGGCAAGGCGCUUUGCAUUUCGGCGGGCGAUUCGCAUUCGGCUUGUUUGCUGGAGGAUGGUCGCGUCUACGCCUGGGGCUCGUUCCGCGACUCACAUGGCAACAUGGGACUCACCAUUGAUGGCAACAAGCGCACACCCAUCAAUCUGCUAGAGGGCACCAUCUGCUGCAGCAUUGCAUCUGGCGCGGAUCACUUGGUUAUUCUGACCACAGCGGGCAAAGUCUAUACGGUGGGCUGUGCCGAGCAAGGACAACUGGGUCGCAUCUCGGAACGUUCUGUGGGAGGCGAGGGUCGUCGUGGCAAACGUGACUUACUGCGACCGGAUCAGCUGAUCAUAAAGCGUACCAAGCCAUUUGAGGCUAUUUGGGCCACCAACUACUGCACUUUCUUGCGCGAAUCGCAGACUGAGACCAUUUGGGCUGUGGGCUUGAACAACUACAAGCAACUGACACACGCCAAGGAAGCGGAACGCGUCCUCAUACCCAUCAAGACGGACUUGAAGGAUGUCAAACAGAUUGCCGGUGGUCAACAUCACACUCUGGUAUUGGACAAUAGCUCACGUUGCUUUGCAAUUGGCCGACCUGACUAUGGUCGUUUGGGUGUCGGAGAUGUCAAGGAUGUGGUUGCCGAGCUAAUGCCAAUCCCACAGCUGUCGGGCAGAACCGCUUUUGUGGGCUGUGGCGAAGCUUGCUCCUAUGCCAUUACCAACGAUGGCAAACUCUAUUCCUGGGGCAUGGGCUCCAAUCAGCAGCUGGGCGUUGGCGAUGGCGACGACGAACUGGAGCCAGUCGUGGUGAGCAGCAAGAACACGGCAAAUAAACGAAUGCUGCUUGCAGCAGGCGGUGGACAGCACAGUGUGUUCUUGGCCGAGUCCGAUGUACAGGAAGAGCAGAAAGAGAAUGUGCCAGCUAGCAAGAAGGCAAAGACAGCUGCUAGCGCCGCUCAAGCAGCUCCAGCUGCGGAAGCACCCAUGGAGCAGGAGAACCCAACAGAGGUGGUCAGUUCCGUAAAUGACAACGAGCCAGCGACGAGCGUAGCCAGUGAGCCCGCCAAAAAGACAGCAGCCAAACGUGGACGCAAGAAGAAUUAAGGAGGAGGAACGCUAGUGAACGUUCCCAAUUUGUUUGAAGUUUAAUCACUAGACGCACCAUAAUGUGUGCGCAUCAACGUUUACUAAGCCCAACUGAAUAAAUUUGUUUAUUUAAUUGAUUUUGUUUAAAAUAUUAUCUAUAUAUAAAUAUUAACUGUAUAACUGUAGUAAAUUUGUAAGAUUUCGGAGAGAAUGGCAUGCAAAGCUAUUGAGGGAAAAAGUGAAGCAAAACGAAUUAAAACAUGUACUAUUUACAAA